UCAAAACGUUAUUCGAUUGCUUGAUUCAAGGUACUUAGAGCUUUUACCAAGUCGCCGAACACUAACAAGAAGCAUCUUACCUGAACUAUACUCUACUACCAAAAAUAAACUACAAGAUAUUUUGAACAAAUCAAGCUAUAUUUCCAUUACUUCGGAUAUUUGGACAUCAUUAAAUACAGAUUCGUUUAUGACUAUUACUGUCCACACGUUUGAUAGUGCUUUCGUUCUUAAAACAUUUGUGUUAUGCACUUUAAAAUUAGAAAAUAGUCAUACAGGGGAAUAUCUUAGUCAAACGUUGGAAAAUAUAUUUAAUGAAUGGGGAAUUAGACACAAAAUUGUAGCAAUUGUAACAGAUUCAGGGGCUAAUAUUAAAUCUGCCGUAAACAAAUUACGAAUACCACACAUACCUUGUACAGCGCACAUAUUAAAUUUAAUUGUUACCCAAGCUUUAGUAUUUAGAAGUCCAUAUGGUGACAAUACUGACAAUGAUGUUUUAGAACCUAAUGAAUGUCAAAAUACUCAAAAUCUAAAUGAUUUAUUAAAGAAGUGUCGUUCUAUUGUGACAUAUUUAAAAAAAAAAGUGAAGUUGCAAAUAGGAAAUUAGCCGAAAAAUUAACACAGUUAGGAGCUUUAAAAUUAAAACUUAAACAAGACGUGUCAACUAGAUGGAACAGUAGCCUAUUGAUGUUGGAAAGACUGGUCGAAUUAAAAGAACCAUUGAUCUAUGCUAUGUUUUCCUUAAAAGAUGGGCCUGUAAUGUUAAAUGCGCAAGAAUGGGAAGUAAUAGAAGAUGUUAUCCCUAUAUUAAAACCAUUUGAAGUAAUGACUACUGAGUUAUCAGGAGAGAACUAUCCGACAUUGGCAAUAGUUAUUCCAUUAGUAAGAGGUUUACACAUUUCUCUAGUAUCAAAACAAAUGAGAAUAUACUUAGGUCAGCUACUCAAGCAAAAAUUGCUGGGAAAUUUAAACAGUCGUUUUAAACUCAUUGAAGAGCAAAAUCUUAAACCUGAGUUUUCAAGAGCGACUCUACUUGACCCUCGUUUUAAAAAAUUGGCAUUUCAGCAUACAAUUAAUGCUGAAAACGCAGAAAAGAGUAUUACAGAUGAACUAUCUUUACUUAUCAGUGAACAUUUGAAUGAAGAAAAUUCUAAUAUUUCUGAAACUCCUGAAAUUCAAACCAUCUCUAAUAAUGAAGCUGUCGAUUUAUGGAGUUUCUUGGAUGAUAAACUGAAUACAGAACGAACUCAAGUUACAUCAGUAAGCUCUGCGGAUAACAUUUUAAAACAAUAUUUCAGUCUACCACACUCCAAUAGGAAAUCAAAGCCAACCGAUUUUUGGAUCAAACACAAAAUACUGUUGGGUGAAUUAUUAAACUUAGCAUUGAAGUAUUUAGUGAUCCCUGCUACCUCAGUACCUUCAGAGAGAAUAUUUUCAAAAGCAGGUGAAAUCAUGUCAGCCAAAAGAAAUAGAACACAUCCAAAAAAUUUAGAUAUAGUAAUUCAUGCUAGUUUGCAUUAUUUGCAAUCAGUCCAAUAA